AAAUAUGACUGAAUUUCUCAACUUGAAUCGUACAGGUGAUAAAAUUCCUUUAGUUGGUUUUGGUACUGCUCGUAUUGCACAGGAGGAUACCGCAAAUGUAGUUUACACUGCUAUCAAAUCUGGGUAUCGUUUGAUUGACGGUGCGUUAUUAUACAAAAACGAGACUGAAGUUGGCCAAGGCAUAAAGAGAGCUAUUGAUGAAGGCAUUGUUAAAAGAGAAGAGCUGUUUGUAAUCAGCAAGCUUUGGACUUCCUUUCAUAAAAAGGACGAUGUAAGACGUUCAUUCGAUGUCACUCUAGAAAAUCUAGGUCUGGAUUAUAUUGAUCUUUAUCUUAUGCAUUUCCCUUUCGCUACGGAAUAUGUUGACCCAAGACAUCCAAAUCCCGGCUUCUUCAACCAAGAUAAUAAAUUUGUUCUCCAACGUAUUCCUGUUCACGAGACUUGGAGGGCAAUGGAAAAUUUAGUGGACGCAGGUCUUGUUCGUAACAUUGGAAUUUCUAACUUUAAUGUACAGAGCGUCCUUGAUUUACUGACGUACGCAAGAAUUACUCCCGCCGUUUUGGAGAUCGAGCUUCAUCCUUAUCUUUGUCAAGAGCGUCUCGUUACUUGGGUUAAAUCUCAGGGUAUAGAAAUAAUUGCGUAUGCCUCCUUUGGCAACACGGUAUUUGACGCGGUUCCCCCUGCUACUGCUCAUGUGCCAAGUCUUAUGACCCAUCCCACGGUUGCAAAAAUUGCUCAGAAACACAACCGAAAUAAUGGACAGAUACUCUUAUCAUUUGCUGCUCAGCAAAACAUUAUUGUUAUCCCAAAGAGUGUUCAAGAAUCCCGCAUGAAGACCAACUUGGAUUUGUUUUCUUAUAAAUUGGAUGCAGACGAUAUCGAGCAGUUGAAAUCAUUAAAUAUAAAUGCUCGCUUUAAUGAUCUUGUACCCAACACUUUUGGUUUGGAGUUACCUAUCUUUGAAUAAAUAUCCUUCUUUUUUUGUAUGAUUCUUAACUUAUGACAAAACGAUAGUUUUUUUUACGAGAGGUAAACCAGGAUGCAUGAAUAGGGGUAGAGGUAAAACAAGGGGAUAAUUGCAUUAUGAUUAUAAACGUACGACUGUAUUUGGUCAAUGAAUCUUUCUCUUUCUCUUUCGCUUUUUCUCUUGCUUUUUCUCUCGCUUUUUCUCUCGCUUUUCUCUGAGGCAGGUAGAGGUUUGAAAAGUAAACUUAUUUGUUUAGAGAAUGAUUAUAAAAAUAUUUUCUUUAUGAACAAGUAAAUUGCCUGAUUAGAAAGGCGAGGCUAAUUUUAACGGAUGUAGAGCUCGAG